AUGAGGUUCCGGGCUGAGAUAGUGGACCAGGAUUCUCUGGGUCACUUCAAGAGAGUCAUCCGUAUGUUAGCUAAACUCGCCAAAGGCUGCAUCCUCCACAUCUGCCCGGAUAAACUGAGCUUCAUUCUUUUGGGGAGUCAAGAAAGUGGAAGGGCAAGCUUGUGGUGUGAGCUUCUGAAGGAGAACUUUUUCAGCAAAUUUCAAAUGAAAGGUGUCUCUGCAGAAUAUAAUGAGAUAUAUUUACAACUACAAUUGGAAAACCUAACUCCAGCCUUGAACAAUUCCCAUAGUACUGAAAUCUUGAAGAUCAAGUUCAUUAAUAAAUACUCUGGGAUUUUCAAGAUCUGUAUAAAGCUGUUAUGUGAGUCAAACAGGAGUUGCAUAAUGACAUAUUACUUCCCCAUAGAGGUUAUUCCAACACAUUUAUGGAACAAACUACAGGAACCCAUAGUUCCAAACUUGGAUGUUAGCAUUUACUUGCCCAUCUUGAAGACUCUGAAGAAUGUUGUAGAAAAAAUGAAACAUGUCAGCAAUUACCUUAUUAUUGAAGCAAACCAAAAUGGAGAAUUGAACCUGAAGAUGGAAAAUGAAUUAGUAAGUGUUACCACUUAUUUUCAAGAUCUUGGAAAUCCUCGUUUAGUUCCUGAAAAUGCUUCUGAAGACAGACAACCAGAAGAGAAGGCUGAGAUGCACAUAAAUGUCUAUCAGCUACUCCAUUUCCUUGGAGGAGUGCAAGAUAAUCCUACAAAGGCUACAUUCAAUAUGGUGAGGAACAGAAUUUCUUAUUUUGAAUUCCUUUUUGAAAUCUACUCUGUCAAGUAUUUCAUCCCAGCCUUGAACUAG